UGCGGCUAUGUUCAUUGUAGAAAGCAAAGAAACAGCCCAAAAAUGCCGAGUCAAGAGGUUGUGACUACAAAAGUGGUGGUUCACCCUUUGGUUUUAUUGAGUGUAGUGGAUCAUUUUAAUCGUAUGGGAAAGAUUGGUAAUCAAAAAAGAGUUGUCGGUGUUCUUUUGGGUUGCUGGAGGGCCAAAGGUGUCCUGGACGUGUCAAACAGUUUUGCAGUGCCCUUUGAUGAAGAUGACAAAGACAAAAGCGUAUGGUUCCUUGACCAUGACUAUUUGGAAAACAUGUAUGGAAUGUUCAAAAAAGUUAAUGCUCGUGAAAAGGUAGUAGGAUGGUAUCACACCGGACCUAAAUUACAUCAAAAUGAUGUCGCUAUUAACGAACUUAUUAGGAGAUACUGUCCUAAUUCUGUGUUGGUCAUCAUCGAUGCUAAACCCAAAGAUCUUGGUCUUCCAACAGAAGCAUAUCAAGCUGUUGAAGAGGUUCACGAUGAUGGAUCGCCGACAUCUAAAACCUUUGAACACAUCCCUAGCGAAAUUGGUGCAGAGGAAGCAGAAGAAGUAGGCGUAGAACACUUAUUGAGAGAUAUUAAAGAUACUACCGUCGGUACCCUUAGCCAGAGAAUUACAAACCAGCUAUUAGGUUUGAAAGGUCUUCAUGAACAAAUUAGGGAAAUUAGAGACUACCUGCUCCAAGUUGGUAGUGGCAAAUUACCGAUAAAUCAUCAGAUCGUUUACCAACUUCAGGACAUUUUUAAUCUACUACCCGAUAUGACGCAAAGUAGCUUCGUUGAUUCACUGUACGUGAAAACGAAUGAUCAAAUGUUAGUUGUGUAUCUCGCGGCUCUCGUUAGAUCUGUAAUCGCGCUACAUAAUUUGAUUAAUAAUAAGUUAACCAAUCGCGACGCGGAGAAAAAAGAAACAGAUAAGAAGGAAGCGAAGAAGGAAGAGAAGAAAGAAGAGGAGAAGAAGGAUGAGAAAGAUAAAGCAAAAACUAAGAGUCAGUGAAUAAAGUGAAAUCGAGACUAACCUGUGCGAUUGAGACUGUUAAUCUUACGAAAGUUCACAAAACUCGCGAAGUUUGUUUAUAUAUGUACAAAUGUAUUUCGUGCUUUUAAACAACCGGCAUUUCGAGUUAACACCAAAAAUAAACAUGAAUGACCUUAUUCUUAAAGUGUUCCAGUAUAGUAUGACUUAAAAAAGCAUUUACAUUAGAUAAAGGAUAUGAUAGUAGAAACGCGGUUACACAUUUUCACACAUUAAAUCUAGGAAACAGAGAGUAAUUAACAUUGAAACAUUUUUGCAUGGCAUAACGCUACGAAUGUGUUUGCUAAGUUCUUACUGUCAACUUGCCUUGUUUCUUUAGGAAUGAGUGACAGAUUCACUACAUAACUUUUGUAUAAUGUAUCGAUGUUAACAAACUACGGCAAUUUUCACGUGAACUGCUCAAUCACUGUCAACAAUUUGUCCAUAUGUAUCGAAGUUUUCUAUAUUAUCCGAGGAUACUAGAUCAGUUUCUCGUAACAUAGGCGCUAUAGACAUAUUUUCAAAAGACUUGAGCUUUCAUAAUUAACACACUGCGUUAUUAAUAAAAGAAACAAAGAGAAUCGAUCAAUUGAACAUACGGUUUUAUUUAUUCUUUGUUAAUAUAAAGGGACUCUAGAAUGAUCAAGACGAGAUGCACAGAUCGAUCGUGCACUCCUCGCUUUGUAUCAUAUGAAUUCAUACUUAAACGUACGCGCGAACCGAAAACUUAUGUACCGUGAAACAGCAUUUUAUCAUGCUCGUAUUUGUACGAUACGUAACUUGAGAUACACACUGUUUUUCAUUAACAGA